CUUCCUCCUCCCCACCUCCACCUCCCAACCCCAGUCUCACAGAACCCAAGCCAAGAUCUAUUCCGGCGGCCAUGGCCGUGGACCUCAUGGGCUGCUACGCCCCGCGCCGCGCCAACGACCAGCUCGCCAUCCAGGAGGCGGCGGCCGCGGGCCUCCGUAGCCUGGAGCUCCUGGUGUCGUCCCUGUCUUCCCCGGCCGCCGCGCCGCACAAGGCUCCGCAACAGCAGCCGCAGCAGCAGCCGUUCGGCGAGAUCGCCGAACAGGCCGUCUCCAAGUUCCGCAAGGUGAUCUCCAUCCUUGACCGCACCGGCCACGCCCGAUUCCGCCGCGGGCCCGUCGAGUCGCCGCCUGCUCCUCCUGUAGUCGCUCCUGCUCCUCCGUCGCUGCCUGUAGCGACUCUCAGUGUCGCGCAGCCGGCACUGACCUCGCAACCGCAGAGCCUGACGCUGGACUUCACGAAGCCGAACCUGACCAUGUCGGCCGCGACGUCCGUGACCUCCACGUCGUUCUUCUCGUCCGUGACCGCCGGCGAGGGGAGCGUGUCCAAGGGCCACAGCCUGCUUUCCGCCGGGAAGCCGCCGCUGUCCGGGCACAAGCGGAAGCCCUGCGCCGGUGCGCACUCCGAGGCCACUGCCAACGGCAGCCGUUGCCACUGCUCCAAGAGAAGAAAGAACCGUGUGAAGAGGACUGUCAGAGUGCCGGCGAUCAGCUCCAAGAUCGCCGACAUCCCGCCGGACGAGUACUCGUGGAGGAAGUACGGCCAGAAGCCCAUCAAGGGCUCCCCCUACCCACGGGGCUACUACAAGUGCAGCACCGUGAGGGGGUGCCCGGCGAGGAAGCACGUGGAGCGCGCCACCGACGACCCUGCGAUGCUCGUGGUGACCUACGAGGGCGAGCACCGCCACACGCCGGGAGCGGUCGCGCCGAGCCCGCUGCCGCCGGUGUCUGCCGCCGCCGUAGCUAGCGUUCCUGCCUGCAACGGACUUGUCUAACUAGGAUUAGCUUCCUUUUCCCCUUUCUUGAGUUGCUUCUCAAUCUGUUGUCCGUGUAAAAAAAGAAACAAGAUUGUAGAAAGAGGGAGAGGAGACCUUGGUGCCAGAA